UCCCCUCCCGCCCCCCAAGAUCAGCAUACGCCACAGCCUGCCACACUCCACAGUGCCACUCGUCUCGCUCGGAGCCUGCUGUUCGCACGCGCGCAGCAUGGGCUCGCCGGCGGCGCACCAGCUGAAGGAGCUCAAGCCGCUGUACCAGCACGUGGUGAACAACUUCGUGGCCGUUCUCGCGGCGCCGCUGGCCGUGGCGGCCGCCGUCAGCGCGGCGCGCGCCGGGCCGGAGGAGCUCCUCGCCAGGGUGCAGGCGCUCCGGGUGGCGUACGUGUUCCUCGCCGUGCUCGUCCCCGCCGCGGCGGCGGCGCUGUACCUGAUGCUGCGGCCCCGGCCCGUGUACCUGGUCGACUACGCCUGCUUCCGCACGCGGCCCAACUGCCGCGUCCCCUUCGCCACCUUCCUUGAGCACGCCAAGCUGGUGACCUUCGUGGAGGGCGCCUCCAUCGACGAGCGCAGCGUCCGGUUCAUGACCCGGCUGCUUGAGCGCUCGGGGCUCGGGGAGGAGACCUGCCUUCCCCCUGCGCACCACUACAUCCCCCCGUACCGGAACAUGGAGGCCUCCCGCGCCGAGGUGGAGCUCGUUAUCUUCUCGGCCAUCGACGACCUGCUCGCCAAGACGGGCAUCAGUCCGAGCGCCAUCGACAUCCUCGUCGUCAACUGCAGCCUCUUCGCGCCCAUCCCGUCCUUCACCGACAUGAUCAUCAACCGGUACGGGAUGCGCCCGGACAUCCGCAACGUGCACCUGUCCGGGAUGGGGUGCAGCGCGGGGCUCAUCUCCGUGGGGCUCGCGCGCAACUUCCUGCAGGUGGCUCCCAAAGGCGCGCACGCGCUGGUGGUGUCGACGGAGACCAUCACUCCCAACUACUACGUGGGCAAGGAGCGCGCCAUGCUGCUCCCCAACUGCCUCUUCCGGAUGGGCGGCGCCGCUGUGCUGCUGUCGACGUCGCGCGCCCGGGCGCGGUUCCGGCUGGCCCGCGUGGUGCGCACGCUGACGGGCGCCCAGGACAGCGCGUACCGGUGCGUCUUCCAGGAGGAGGACGGCGAGGGCCAUCGUGGGAUCAACCUGUCCAAGGACCUGAUGACCAUCGCGGGCGACGCGCUCAAGGCCAACAUCACCGCCAUCGGGCCGCUGGUGCUGCCGGCGUCGGAGCAGCUGCUGUUCGCGGUGUCCUUCAUCGCGCGCCGCGUGCUGAACCGCCGCGUGAAGCCGUACCUGCCCGACUUCCGCACGGCGUUCGAGCACUUCUGCAUCCACGCGGGCGGCCGGGCGGUGAUCGACGAGCUGCAGCGAAGCCUGGGGCUGUCGGACGAGGACGUGGAGGCGUCGAGGAUGGCGCUGCACCGGUUCGGGAACACGUCCAGCAGCUCGGUGUGGUACGAGCUGGCGUACACCGAGGCCAAGGGACGGAUGAGGAAGGGCGACCGUGUGUGGAUGAUUGGGUUCGGGUCGGGGUUCAAGUGCAACAGCGCGGCGUGGGAGUGCAUCGAGCCGGCGCGCACCGCCGAGGGGCCAUGGGAGGAGAGCAUCUGCCGCUACCCCGUCGACAUCCCGGAGGUGCUCAAGCACUAGCUAGCCGUUGCUGGCUGCCGACGCCGACGCCUCCUGAUCUGCAUGCAAUCUAUCUCUUUCCUCUCCCCGUAUCGAUCCUUGUGUACACGUAGGUAACUACACCGCGCGCUGUCACGUCCCGUCGUCUCGCGCAUAUGCAUGUCGUCUCCCCUCCGAAACUGGCUCGUGGUGGAUCGCGACCGGCGUGCCCGUGACGAGGGAGGAGGUCUCGGACGUGACAGUGUGUCGUGGUGGCCGUGUCCGGGCCGGACGCGUUGAAUGCCGAGCCUGACGCGGUCCUUGUGUGCUCCGCCGAGCGCGGGGUAGGUGGUUGUGCGCGGGUACGCCGGGUUAAAUCCCGGCCAUUUACACACGUAUAGUACUCGUGGUCCUUCCAGAUCACAUUAUGUACCCUUUCUUCUUUUUUCUUUUACUCCUUUUUUUCCUCAUUUGUUUGAGCCACUAAUAAUUUUACGUUGUCUCCAUUGGAAAACAAGGCAAAAAAAUGUACUGCGCAAAAAGCUGGAUCCAUAUCCAUCACAUUACUACAGCAUUGUACCUGAAUUAUUUAUGAAGUGAAGUUACUCCCGCUGCCA